AUGCGUUUACAGCUACUCCUACUUAUUGUGUUCGUCACACUGUGCAUCGCUACUCCUUCUUCGAAGUCAUCCAAGAACCACAAGAGCUCGAAGAACCACAAGAGCUCGAAGAGCCACAAGAGCUCCAAGGGCUCGAAGAGCUCUGGGGGCUCUAAGAGCUCUGACGUCCCUAAAGUCUCUAAGAGCUCCGAGGGCUCUAAGAGCUCUGAUGUCCCUAAACUCUAUAAGACCUCUGAUGGCUCGAAGAGCUCUGAGGGCUCUAAGAGCUCCGAGGGCUCUAAGGGAAACCAAGGUUCUGGGAAUGUUUCUCCUAGGCCAGAGAUCUCUUACGAUCCUAUGUCACCUUUUGCGACGCCCCCAUCAUUUCCAGUCCGAGAGAAGGUCUGCUAUGUAGAGUCACACAACGACGGUAUGACAGACGAUUCGACUUACGUCAUGAGCGCAUUGCAUGACUGCAACAAUGGCGGGCAUGUUGUGUUCCAAGAGGGAACCAAGUACACCAUUGGUACCGCCUUGGACUUGACCUUCUUGAACGACAUUGAUAUCGACAUUCAAUCCUCCAUCCAGUUCACCAAAGACACCAAGUACUGGCAGGAAAACUCGUUCCGGUUCAUCUUCCAGAACGUGACAUCCUUCUUCAAACUCGGAGGCAGCUCUGUCAACAUCUACGGCGGUGGAACUCUGGACGGAAACGGCCAAGUAUGGUAUGAUGCGUACGCCGAAGACAUCUACACGCUCCGACCGGUGCUUUUCGGCAUUGACGGACUUAAAGACUCCAUUAUUAGCGACCUGGUGCUGAGAUACUCCCCCCAGUACUACUUCUUCGUGGCGAAUUCGAAGAACGUGGUCUUUGAUAACAUAGACAUCGCGGGAGGCAGCAAAAAUGAGAACAAAGCCAAGAACACGGACGGGUGGGACACGUAUCGAAGUUCGGAUAUCACCAUCCAGAACUCGCAUGUCAACAACGGAGAUGAUUGUGUAUCAUUCAAGCCAAACUGCACCAACAUAUUAGUGCAGAACAUGAACUGCAUAGGCUCGCACGGAAUGAGUGUGGGAUCGCUUGGACAAUAUGUGGGAGAGUACGACGUAGUGGAGAAUGUGUAUGUCUACAACACGUCGAUGCGCGACGCGACGAAUGGUGCUCGAAUCAAGGUCUGGCCCAACUCCCCAUCGGCGCUCAGUGGGGAUUUGCAGGGAGGCGGAGGUGAUGGCAGAGUGAACAACAUCACUUUCGACACCAUGAUAGUCGACCAGGUGGACUAUGCCAUUGAGUUGACACAGUGCUACGGCCAGAAGGACCUGUCAAUCUGCCUCAAGAACCCAUCGCCGCUGAAGAUCACCAAUAUCGUCUUCAAGAAUUUCAAGGGCACAACAACGAGCAAAUAUCAGCCACAGAUCGCGGCCUUUGCUUGCUCAAGCAAAGACGCGUGCAGCAACAUUGCUGCUUCGAAUAUUGACGUCGUGAGCGGUAAAGGAAGUAAUGAUGCUUACUGUCUUAAUGUGGAUGAAUCAUUGUUGGAUGUUAAGUGCGUCGAUGAAUCGAAGGGCUUUAACUGA